AUGCCCGAACCGGAGGCCACCCCCGAGUUCCAGGCUACUGCCGCCGACCUCUCGCCCUACUGUCCAUCUCCCCUCCACUCCGCCGCUCCAGCCGUUGUACCUGCUCUCCAGGAUACUGCUGAUAUCCUUGAUGCAAUGACCGCCCACACUAAUGGAGUCGCUCAAGGCGACCUAGAAGCACCUGCACAUGCACCAAUUUCGACCGAGUCGUAUGCGCAAGCUGCCGCGGACAACGCAGACGCCGAAGACGACGUCGACAGUCUGGACGAUGCCUACGGCGAGGAAGAGGAGACACACACGGACAAGGUUCAGGAACAGCAGGUGGAGCCAGAUGCCGGCGAGGAUGAUUAUCUCAAGAUCUUCGACUCUCCUCCUCGGGACGCGGAUCAAGAUGGCGCGGAAGAGGAUGAUGUAUCAAAGGCACCAGAAUCCAUUCACAAUUCCGCCGCUCCUGAUUCUUUGACAAGCCCUUCGCAAGUGGCCCCCUCCACCGUCGCUGCCGCUGAUUCCUCGUCGGCCACUGCUACUGCUGCAGAACACUCAGCCAAAUCCGCGCCUUCCCAACCAGCUGCCGCCCACCAAGGAGCUGAUUCAAGCGCGCCUCAUUCGACUGCCAACGGCGCCUCCUUCAACGCACGCAAUGACAAUGCUCCCGAGGAUGACCCCGCCGUUGAUAUCUCUCGCCUUGUUGCUGAGAUGACAGGCCAGGCGAGCGAGUCCAGCAACAACCAAUCUCCCACUGGCUCUACUCAGAACCAUGAUGCUCAGCCAUCGUCCAACUUGACCUCGUCUGCGUCUGCCACUCUUCCUCCCAGACCUCCGUUGCCUCAACAGGCGGCUCCCACAUAUCCAUCUGAAGACUAUCGAGGCUUCCCUCCUCAGACCGCUGCUUCUCAUGUCUCUUCCAACAUGAUUGCUCCGCCCACGUCAGGUCAACCAUCUGCUUACGUAGCUACGGGUGCUCCCGGUGCCCCCAGUACCGCAUCCGACGUCUAUGGCAGCCUCCCACCUCCACCCGCCAACGGUUUGAACGCGGCCAUGCCCAUCACUUCAAUGAACGCGCCUCCCUAUCCCAUCCCUGGCGGCUACCCGGCCGGCCCGACGGACGAUACUGCUGACCGCCAGAAGCUUUGGGACACUUUCGUAAACGACGAGCGCCGUUACAUGGCUGAUGCCAAAUGGGAUAAAUUCCCCGAUGGCUCACGCAUCUUCAUUGGUUCGCGCUCUCUCUCAUCAGGCAGACCCGACGGCGCCAUUGACUUCUUUUCAGGCAACCUGUCGAGCGAACGCGUUUCCAAGCGGGAUGUCUUUGAUAUCUUCCACAGAUACGGCCGUCUCGCCCAGAUCUCACUCAAGUCCGCCUAUGGCUUCGUCCAAUAUCACAACCUCGAAGAUGCCCAAGCUGCCAUGGACAACCUGCAGGGCAGCGAAAUCAAGGGUCGCAAGAUUCAUCUGGAAAUCUCACGCGCCCAAAAGAAAAAGGACGGCAACGAGAGGAACCGCUCGCCAGACCGUGGCGGUCGUGGAGGCCGACAGUCAGGACGUCAAGAUCGUCAUGACGGAGCCAACUCACACCAUGACAACCGUCGUAACCGCGAUGAUUACAGGCCGGGACGUAACAGCCCUCCCCGACGUGGCCAUGGCCGUGAGGAUAGUCACGGUCGGGAUCGUUACCAGCAGGACUCUCAUGACCACUCCCGCGGUCGUUCGCGGUCCCCGCAGGGAUAUGGCCGCCACAACGAUGGAUACCGCCGGCGUAGCCCCAGCCCGCCUGCGGCUUAUGGUCGUCCUUCUGCAGCCGACGACCGCCUCGACAUUCCUCGCCGCUACGGCAAUCAGGUUCCUGACGUUCAAUUCUUGCUCCUCCAGGAUCUUAGCCGCGACUUCAUAACCUGGGUUCAGCGCGGUUUCACCGAUCGCGGCCUGAAGGUUGACGUCAUGUUCCUCCACCCAAGUUUCCCUCGUGAGGCUAUUGUCCAACGCCAAGUCAUCGAAGGCGUACACGCCAUUGUCGAUCUCGACAUACAGGCACAGAACAUGGGUAAGAUCCCGCUCCGAGUCUUUGACCGCUCCGGAGGCGUCAGUGCCCGAUACGACGAUUACCGAGACAUCGAUCCGCCGAUCGCGGCAGAGCUCGUCCUCCGGGCCAAGUCACAAGCUGUGCCGGCGGCACCUUAUCAGAGUGCCCCGCCUCCCCAGCCUCAGUACCCGGGCUACGGACAGCCUUAUGGAGGGCAGCACGUACAUCCUCAGGCACCUGCUUAUCACGGAGGCCAGGGGCCGCCACGUGGGCCUCCUGUCCAACAACCUCAACCACCAGCGAUAGUGCCAGCCGACCUCGCCAGCAUGAUGAGUGGUAUUGAUAAUGCGACCUUGCAACGGUUGCUGGUUAGUUUGAACCCACAGGGUGGACCGGCGGCUGUCAACAACGCUGCCGGAGCUGCAAACGCCCAGCUGCAAGCCCUUAUGGGUGGUCUUCGGCAAGCGCCGCCUGCGGCACCAACGCAGCCUGCCUCGUAUGGCGGACAGGCCUUUGCUCCGAAUGGCGCCCCACCCCCGAAUGGCCCGAACGGCCACCCUCCUGCAACUGGCACCGGUGAUUCCGCAGUGCAGGUUCAGAAUAUCAUGGCACAGCUUGCCAGAUAUCGGCAGUAA